UCAUCCUGUAAAGUCAAUCAAUCUCUCUCUCUCUCUCUCUCUCUCUCGCCGGUGCUAAGCAUUCCGGAAACCUCAACGCUUGAAGAAAUUUCCGACGAAGAACGCCGGCAGAAUCACGAGGAUUCGCUCCAAGUCGAGUUUUUGACAUAUCGGGGCAAAAAGGAGCAUCGGCUCUUUCCCACACAGAAAUUUUUCGCUGAAACUGUACUCGUCCGAGUUUCGCGUGCUCGCUUGCGUGUUUUCAAGUUGGACGGCUUCGGUUUGCGUUGGGAUGCGCCCCUUCUGGGUGGAAACGGAUGUGGGUAGGCGUGUGUUGACAUCCGGAGACGAUUGGAUGAUGGGUCUUUGCAGUGAUGACGACGAUUGAGGCAAGGCGUGAAGACCCACCAAAGAAUAAGGGUGGGAUGGUGGGUGAGAGUUCGGGUGCUUCGUUCAAGAGAUGGGGCAGGAAGUAUCCCUUCGUCAGAUAUGGCCUCCCCAUGAUUUCUCUCACUGUUCUUGGCUCCGUUGGACUUGCCCAUCUCUUGCAAGGCAGCAAGGAUAUUGCAAAAGUGAAAGAUGACAAUGAGUGGGAAAUCAUCGAGGAAAGAAAAGCGCUGUCACGAACAGGACCAAUAGAAGCAUACAAGCCUAGAAAGAUCUCAUUAGAGGAGGAGCUGAAGGCUUUGCAAGAGAAGGUUAACAUCAAUGAUUAUGAAUACAAGAAACUUCCUCGACCGACUGAUGGCAAGUCUGGCCAGCAGUAAUUUAAAGAAAACAUGGGAGGAGCUAAGUUAGGACAGUUGUUUGUUUAUCUGGUUUUUUUGGGUCUGCAUAUUGCUGAUUUUGUAGGCUUUGUGAGAGAAGGUAGUCAUAACAAUCCCAUGCACAAGGGAACUUUUCAUCCGACCUUCGGCAUGGUCAAGCUAGCGGUGGCCUUCAAAGGAAAAAUGGCUUGUGACGGUUUCAAGGAUGUAGUGGCUGCUGAAACGUUCCCUCUUUGGCCUUCCACUCUCCUUUUGGAAUUUUUGCCCGCAAACUUGGCCCAGUUUUGAAUCUAUUAGUAUAUUAGUCACCUAGCAGAUGGAUCAUAUGCGAAAUGUUUUGGAUAGAAUCAGUUUGGGGAUGGUAAUCUGCAGUGUUUUUUUGUGUCUAUAAUACUUUUUGGCCUGACAAUAGUAAUCCCUCAAUAUGCUGUUUUUCUUAGAUGACUGACCUGAACUAAUUAAGUGAUGAGUUUGUGAGGGAACUGUAAUCAUCUUGACGACUUUGAUUAAAAUCAUACAAGACUUAGUUGUCUCA